GUUACCCUUCGCGCAAGGGAGAGGCAACCGCUCCGCUCUUCUCUGCUGCCGUCUCCUCCCCCCUCCAUCGUCAUCAAUCCCCUGCCCUAUCGGCGGCCGUAUAACUCCAAGGAGGUUUCAGCAUCUCGUGAUGGAUUCGGGUUUCGUCGAUGUUCCUCUUCCCAUGGAUAAGAUUUCCCUGAGCAGCGUUCAGGAAUCCACCGGCCGGAUUGGUAUUCCGGAAAGGAAUCAGAUGUUUGUUGUUUUGUUAUCAGCAGGAAGCUUCAAUCCUCCAACUUAUAUGCACUUGCGCUUGUUUGAGUUGGCAAAAGAUGCAUUGGAAGCACAAGGCUACAUUGUCAUAGGAGGCUAUAUGUCACCUGCUAAUGAUGCAUACAGGAAACAGGAUCUUUUGCCAUCCAUACAUCGAGUUCAUUUGUGUGAAUUAGCAUGCAGAACUUCUUCCUUUGUCAUGGUAGACCCAUGGGAGGCAAAACAAAACAGCUAUCAGCGUACUCUUACUGUGUUGUCAAGGAUACAAAGUUCCUUAUGUCACAGUGGUUUGAUUAGAAAAGAAUCUCUCAAGGUAAUGCUUUUAUGUGGCUCUGAUCUACUAGAAUCUUUUGCGACUCCUGGAGUCUGGAUACUUGAUCAGGUCAGGACAAUUUGUCAGGACUUUGGUAUUGUUUGUAUACGCAGAGAAGGGAAGGAUAUUGAGAAGAUAAUAUCAACUGAUGAGAUAUUGCAGGAAAAUAAGAAUAAUAUCUUCUCGGUGGAUGAAAUUGUACCAAACCAGAUCAGCUCAACAAGAGUGAGGGAUUGCAUUAGAAGAGGGCUCUCUGUUAAGUAUCUCACUCCUGAUGAGGUCAUUGAUUACAUCAAAGAUCAAAAGCUCUACGUAAGUGAGUGAUUCUUGAUGCUUUCCUAGAACCUCUCAAGUCAAGCAAAAUGGUGAGAAGUGGAUCAGAACGAUGUUAUUGUUCUCAUGCUCUCAGAGUGUUUGAGAUCACAAACAUAAGCAGGGAUCUGACUUGGAAUAAUCCCCUAGGAUUAUGGAAGUUAAGACGGAUUGUUGUAGUAUAUUAUUUGGCUAACGCUUUUUUCUUUUUUUGCUUUCGCUUGAUGAAAUCAAGAAUCAGGGUUCUUGAUGGGUUAA